GCCUUAUAUCUGCAUGUGCUACUCGUCGCGCAUUCAGGGUGGGGAAUGAGAGAGUAACGUAGAGUUGCUGAACAGAACCGAUCCAACAAUGGAGCCCCGGGAUCUCGAACUACUCGGAAUAAUUGCGUUCGACGGCAUCACGAAGAACGGUCUGCGAUUACAUCCGGACGAGAAGCAUAUUCUUUAUCCGAUGGGCUGCAAGGUGGUCGUAAGAAACAUCGAGACCGGACAGCAACGAUUUCUCAGCGGACACUCGAACACCGUCUCGACGCUGUGUGUUUCUCGGUGCGGCAAAUACGUCGCUUCCGGUCAAAAUAAUCAUCACGGUUUCAAGGCAAUGGUGAUUGUGUGGAAUUACGAAAACGGCACGAUGAGAGGUAGCUACGAGACGCAUAAAGUCUGCAUCGAAGAUCUGUGCUUCACAUGCAACGGCGACUUCCUCGUGAGUCUCGGCGGCAGGGACGACGGCAACGUAAUCGUCUGGGACGUUCAGAAAAAUUCACUCAUAUGCGGAUCGUACGCGAGCAACGAGACGUCCGGCAACGCGUACAACGUCACGGGGAUGCAUCUUAACAACGAGUAUUUUGUCACCGCGGGCGACAGAACGCUGAGGAUUUGGCGCGUUGACGCGGAAAAACGAAAGCUACAGGGGAUGGACGUGGAAGUGGGAAAACUUAAGCGUCUCGUCAAUUGUCUCGUCGUGGACGAGAGCGACGAAAUGAUCUACUGCGGCACUACUUCCGGUGAUAUCAUUAAAGCAAGGUUGAACCUGAUGCGCGGCGACACGCAAUUGGCGCAAACGCCGGUGAUGAUAGGCUGCUACUCGAAAAUAACGCGCGAUCCGAGAAAAAUGAAGACGGGCGAGGGCGAUCCGUACGCGGGCGGAGUGAACAGCUUGCUGCUUCUGAAGAACGGGAGAACUGGUUCUGAAGAACUGGUGGUUGGUACUGGCGACGGUACUAUCGAGCUGAUCGAGAUAAUAAGCAAAAAGAACGGCCGACCGACGCAAAAAAAACCUACCAAGUUUCCCAAUACGCCGCAAAUACUGACUCAUCAAAGGGAGAACUUGUGCAGCGCGAUAACAUCUAUAGUCCUUUAUCAAAAUGAACACGUACUGGUCGGCACGUCCUGGUGCGAGAUCUAUCAGGUUCGACUGUCGAAUUUUCACGCGCAUCUUCUCGUCACUUCUCACACCAGCUGCAUAUACAGCCUCGCGUUUCCGCGCAAUCACUCGGAGACGUUCGCAACAGGCGGCAAGAACGACGUCAGACUGUGGCAGCUGGAAACGCAGAAGGAGACACUUCGCAUCAGCGUGCCGAACUUCGUCUGUUCCAGUCUGCAAUUCGCACACAACGAUCAGAUGCUGUUCUCCGCCUGGAACGACGGCAUUAUAAGAGUAUUCGAGCCGCGCACCGGACAACUUCAUUUCUCUAUUUACAAUGCUCACACGAAAGCUGUGUCGACAAUCGCGGUCACGAGCGACGGAUCAACGCUCAUUAGCGGCGGCUGCGACGGUCAGGUGCGUAUAUGGGAAAUAAAACCCGAUGUGCAACGAUUGAUCGGUAUAUUAAAGGAGCAUCGAGGUCCAAUAACGUCUCUGCAUAUCUCGUGCAACAAUGAAGAUCUGAUUAGUUCGAGUACAGACGGCACGUGCGUCGUCUGGGAUAUAACACGCCGCGUAAGAAAACAUAUUCUCAUGGAAAAUACAAUGUUCAUGAUGGCGCAAUUUACACCCGAUGGGAUUCAGAUUUUGACUUGCGGCACGGAUCGGAAGAUCACUUAUUGGGAGACGCUGGAUUGUUCGAUGGUGCGAGAGAUCGAAGGUUCCAGCGUCGGCGCAAUGAACUGUCUAGAUAUCAGUUCUGAUGGUCGGUGUUUCGUCACCGGAUCUAACGACUGCACCGUCAGAUUUUGGCAAUAUGAGAGCGCGGAUCUCACUCACGUAGGUGUUUCUCACGCCGCGAUAAUCACUGUGUGUAAAUUCAGCGCGGAUGGUAGAUAUAUAGUGACGACCAGCGCCGACGGAGAGAUUGCCAUUUGGAAAUGUCCCGUUGAGACCGCAGAAGAUUCCAAGUCUGUGGCUCGGUCAGGAAGAACAAGCAGCACCACACGUCGUCUGCGCGAGCAGGAUAAAUUGUCUUUGCGUAAAGCGGAGAGCGCUGGAGACGCAGCAGAUCAGACUGAACGAUCUCUCAAAAAAUCUGCUUCGUCAUGCGCGAGUAAGUACAUCAUACAUACAAACGGUUGUUUUCUACUUAACUUAAUAAUGUUAUGUGUUACAGGCGACAAUCAACGAGAGCGGUUAUCGGUUACUUCCGAGCGUAGCAAAGAUUCUAAAACAGAAGACCGGGAUGAAAAAAUGUCCGUCUGUAAACAGGUCACACAAAGAUCAAACACAAAUUCCAAAGCGAGCGAUACGACGAAUCGAUGCAGCGUCGCAAGAAGCAACGCAUCAUCGACCAAAACACGGACAAUAAUAGAUCGCGCGAAGGAACCUUCGGAUCAGCGAAGCAGAAGAUCCAAUACAUGAGACAAUAACGUGAAAUGCGAUUAUUUUAACAGAUUGAUCUGUCAAGUAUCUUGAUAUUGCAAUCUGUAACAAUAUAGAAAAUAAAAGUGACAUUUCUAAGAAAAAAAAACAAAUGUAAUAUUGUAAUAACAUCCUAA